AUGGAGCAGCUUGCGGCCGGCUCGAGGAGAGGGCAGAGGAGACCGCAGGGUCCUGCUGGUGUUGCUCCGGCGAGGGGCAACGGGUGGCGAUGGAGCUCGGGCGUGAGCUCCUGCUCGAGGAAGACGACGGGGAGGCAGCAGCCUCGGGCAGUGAGGAGGUCCGACGGGAGUUGCGGCUCCAGGCGGUGCUCGGGCGCCGCGGACGAGGCGAAGGAGGUCGGCGGCGGCUGGAGAGGCAGCACGGGGACUGGGCUCGGGGGUGCUCGGUUCCUGUUCGGCUGCUUCGGCCACGAGGGCGAGGAGGCGGGCACGCAAGGUGGAGCUCGGGCGCGCGAGAGGCCGGGCGAGGACGCGGCUUGGGCUGCAGCCAUCCAUGGCGCUGCAUUAGGAGGUCGAGAGGGAGAUGUGAGGCACGGGAGGUGCAGGGGAAAACGGAGGAGCGGCAGCAGGGCAUCUCACCGGCGGCAGAGGGGGUCAUGUGCUCCGGCGGGGAGAGGAGCGCUCGGGCGCUGCUGCUUCUUGGGGGUGGAGCGCCGGGCAGGGGCCGAGGAAGGAGGUGGCCGAGGUGCCCGGUGGUUGGAUCGAAGGAAUUGGGUGGUGGCUGGAAACAGGAGGGAGGUGGUUGGCUGGAUCGGGAGGGGAUCCCGAUGGGGAUUUGGUGAGUGGGUGGCGGCGGCACGAGAAAUGGAUGGAUGGGACAGGAUCCCUAGUAUCUAG